UAAAGAUAAAGAUAAUGAUAAAGAUAAGAAAAUUGAGUAAAUAAAUUACAUUGUAAAAUCCGUUCGUCGUCUGAUGAAACUUGGCUGAGAAUUGGGCAUGGAGGAGGAGAAGCUGUCCUCUGUAGCCAAGAGAUUCACCGCUUCAUCAAUUCAAAAACUCUCUCUUAUUGCUCAGCAAUGCAACGCCAUCAACCUCGCCGAAGGAUUUCCUGAUUUUCCGGCACCGCUCACCCUAAAAGACGCCGCCAUUUCAGCCAUCAACUCCGAUUUCAACCAGUACAGGCAUGUGCAGGGAAUAUGUGACGAACUGGCGAGUAUAGCAAAGAAAACACAUGGCUUAGAUGUUAACCCUCUUACCGAUAUUGCUAUUUGUUGUGGCCAAACUGAGGCAUUUGCUGCUGCUGUAUUUUCCGUCAUAAACCCUGGUGAUGAAGUUAUAAUUUUCGAUCCGUCAUUUGAUACAUAUGCAAAUGUUGUAUCCAUUGCUGGGGGUGUGCCAGUAUAUGUAACACUUGACCCACCUCAGUGGACUCUGGACCCAAAUAAGCUUUUGAAGUCCUUUACGCAUAGAACAAAAGCUUUAGUAUUGAACAGCCCUCACAAUCCAACUGGAAAGGUGUUCUCCAAAGAUGAACUUGAUACAAUUGCGGGAGCAUGCUGCGCCAAUGAUUGCCUAGCCAUAACAGAUGAAGUUUACGAGUAUGUAACAUUUGGCAAUGCAAAGCAUGUAUCUCUUGCCACACUUCCGGGAAUGCACUCGAGGGCGAUCAUUACAUCUUCAUUGUCUAAGACGUUUUCUGUUACAGGUUGGCGGGUUGGUUGGGCAAUUGCUCCUGCUUAUAUUGCCUCUGCAAUGAGGAACAUUCAUGCUAGAAUUGUAGACUCUGCUCCAGCCCCUUUCCAGGAAGCUGCCUUGAUUGCAUUGCGAAGUCCUCCGGAAUAUUUUGAGUCACUAAGACGAGACUACGAGGCAAAAAGAGACUUCAUCAUUAAGCUGCUCGUCGAUAUUGGAUUUCAAGUCCAGUUUGAGCCUCAAGGCUCCUUUUUUCUAUUUGCAGAACUCCCCAAAAAUUGCUCACUUACUGAUGUUGAUUGUGUUGAGGAACUGAUAAAACGUGCUGGAGUGGUGGCGGUGCCAGGAUGCGGAUUUUUUCGAACAAAUUCGUCGAAAGACAAGCGUGUUGAGGAAGAUCGUAGCUACCAAAAGAGAUAUAUCAGGUUUGCUUUCUGCAAAAGUGAUGCCACUUUGACAUCUGCUGCACAAAAACUCAAUGAGACAAAUUUUGAGUUUCUUAAGAUGCAAUGAUUCUGGUGAGCAAGGAGAUGGUUACUAUGAAAUAGAGAAGUUUGAGACAACUUUUUAAGAGUGAUACUUUAAAUUACAUGCCAAUUUGUUUAACAUUUAUUACUGUUCGAACUUUUUUGGGCAAAUAUUUGUUAUUGAGAUAAAGCUAAAGAGAUAUGGAUGGAGCACGGGAAGUAGGAUAAGUAGAGCCCAAGAGCAUCUGAAUAUGAGCAGCUUGACAUGGUAGACUCUCUCAUGUGAACAGCUUGCCAAAGCUAAGUUUGUGUUAGAGGUCAUGCUCGUCUAAGGCGUAUUGCUUGUGGCUACAUGUCUAUGUCAUGCUAACCCUUUACAUGUUCAUGACAUGCUAAACCCUUUAUUUGAUUUCAUGUUGUUCGGCGAAA